GGCAUAUCGAUUUUAUUUUGCCCCAGUAGCUACCACACUAGCUCUCGUUUCUUCACACAGCGAGGCACUGCAGAAGUGCAGGGUUGCAUGCAGUCUGCAAAAACAGCACUAGUGACGCCUUUAUAGCUGUAAAGAUUGUACUUUUUUCCCCCAAAAUUAAUCAUGUUUUGUGUAACAACUAUGUCUUUAUUGAAGUUUGCUGCAGUCUGGAUGUCUAUUGCUGCAUCCUCGCUGGGCAGCCCUAGGGCCAGCGGCCCCAUGCUUCAGCCGUGCCAGGCUCCACUCCAAUGGGAAGGCAGGACGGUCGAGUACGAUCAUUAUACCGGCAGAAACACCAGGGCCGUGGUUUCCUAUGAUGGGCAGAACCAGCGCGUCAGAGUCUUGGAAGAAAGGAAGGGAUACAUCCCUUGUAAAAAGUUCUUUGAAUAUAUCUACCUGUACCAGAGUAAGCUGAUGUUUCAGAUUGAGCAGAUCACAAAGCAGUGCUCCAAGAUAUUUCUUCCUGAUGCUUGGGACCCCUAUGAUAUUCCAGAUAACUCCACCUAUGAGGAUCGCUAUUAUAUUGGGGGACCCGAUGAUAAGAUAGAGGUGCAGGAAUGGUCAGACAGAAAACCUGCACGCAAAACUGAAGCCUGGGUUGGAGUUUAUACAGUCAAGGACUGUUACCCCGUGCAGGAAACGUACACCAGGAACUCCAGCGUGACAACCUCCACCCGCUUUUUUGAUCUACAGCUUGGGAUCAGUGACCCAGGCGUGUUCACUCCACCCAGCACCUGCCAGUCGGCCCGGCCAAGAAAGAUGAGUGAAGGCUGCUGAUUGUGGGCACCAGCUGCCACAGACAUCAUCAAAAAUAAUAUACAAAAAAAAAAAAAAAACCCAGCCUGCUGACAUGUUAACUGGAUUUUAAAGCUGCUAGAAGUCACAUAGGAGCAGUAAAAUGCAUUCUAAUUAGCUAGUUAGCCAAAGUAAUAUUUUAACUCAUUAACUCAGACCCUGCUUAGCACUAAUCUUGGAUUACCUUAACUAAGGUAACAUCCAAGAUUAUUGCUAGUCAUGGUUUGUGAAACCAGCCGUAAGUGUUUACAGUCAAUGUAGAGAACUCUGAGUCUGAAGUCUGAUUGUAGUGAAUGUUUUGUUUGUCUGUUUUAUUGCCUAUUAAGUUAUUUAUUAAGUUACAGAAUAAUGUUUGUGUUCCUGAUUAAUAUGCAUAAAUAGAUAUGGAGUAGAUGUUUUGUAUUAUUAUUAUUAUUAUUAUUAUUAUUAUUAUUAUUAUUAUUAUUAUUAUUAUUAUUAUUUUAUUAAUUCUUUAUUAUUAAAUUAUUUUUUUAGGUACAAUAAACCAAUGAGGUUGGAAUCACAGAAAACUAAAACAGUGGGUGGUGUUAAACUAAACAGUGAAUCUAUUAAAUAUGUAAAACUACAUAAUUACUCAUUAAAUACAAAUUGAUGUCAGCAAAGAGAUGUCAAUCAAAUAUAGCAAGAGGCUUCCAGGUCUGGUUAUCAAAAAUAUGUUUAUAAAAAAACUUGCAAUGCAAAUUAUAACAUUCUAAUAGGACAUUUAAAAAGUUGUUUUUAUUUAGUUUGUGACCUCGUCAUGUGCUGUAGACUUAUAAGCUUGUUGACUGUUGCGCUUAGCACAAGCAAUAAUAAUAAUAACCCUAUUAAGUGUUAACACAAGUUUGUGGCAUGUUUGUGUGGAAUUUUGAUUAAGUUAGGCCAUAGAACUAGGAAAUAAAGUGGAUUAUAAAGUGACAGUAUGUGUUUCUUUUUCUAGACCACAACAUAACUUUUAGCUGGGAAAAAAGUAUUUUAGAAUAAUAUGUAUUUGGAAAUAAACAGGGCAAAUAUGGAUCCAUUUUCACACGAUUAAUCAGUAAUGAUAGUAGAAUAAAAAUCUAAUCUUUAAAAAAAAAAAAAAAAAAAAAAAUGUAUUGCAUGCAUUUUUCCAAAAAUGCCUUUUCCCCAGCUAAAGAGUCUCCAACAUCUAUAUAUUUCCAUGCUGUUGAACUUCAGUCUGCUCUACGGGCAGAUCUCAUGUUCGCUUCAUUGUUUGCGUCUGAAUGUGUCCAGAGCAGUCCAACGGGUAAACCCAAUUGUGCAGUUGAUUCCUAACAUUUGGGUGUAUGAUAGACACGCUAGGUGCCGACACGUGUGACAGAACUGCAUUGCUGAUUGUGGACAAUGCAUCUAAAACAUGCAAAUUGUGUACUCGACCUGCCUAAUCCCACUUUACAAAGCAUUACCUGGAGCUGGAGCAUCAACCUGUGUUUGGCUACCAGCUCUGCCUCCAUCACUUGAUGGUGAACAUCCUUGUAAAAAUCAAUAAAGUAUCUUAUUAAUAAA